CUGCGCCCCCGCGCGGCCAGGAUGAGGGCGGCUGAGGGCGAACGCGGCGCCGACCCCCGGGUCAGCUCCUCACCUGAGCGGGGAGCGCGGCCCCGGGCGCCCCCUGCCGGCGAGGCGCCCCAGGGAAGGCGGCCCCAGCCGGGAGCCUCGCCUCCGCCCUGCCAGCAGCCCCGGCUCUCCGGCAGCCGCCGCCCCAGAGCCCCGCUGGCUCCGCAGCGCCCUGAAACGGCAGCACCGGCGCGGGACGGCGGCUCCCCACCGCGCGCAGACAUGAGCGGGCUCGGGGGCGGCGCGGAGCUGCCGGGCUGGCAGCUGGGCAGCGAGGUCUUUCCUCCCGAGGAGAUGCGUGGCCCUGCACCUGUGGAUUUCCUGCAGGAGCUGCCCAGCUACCAGUCGGCGCUGAGGCGUCGUGCGGCCGCCGCCACCACCGCGGGCAGCCAGGAGCGGCGAGCGGCCCCGGAGGGCUUCGCGGGGCUCCGUGCUGCGGAGCCCCAGGGCCCGAAGCCUGAGGGCAGCGAGCUGGCUCCUCGCCCUGCCAGGGAACACCCCGGGAGUAUGGCGGAGAGGAGGAGAUUAAGGGACUGUCAACAGGUGGAUAUAAAAUAUUUAUCUGGAUGGAAGCAGUGGAAGAGAACUAGCAGUAAGUCACUGAAAAGGGCUCUCGGUGACAUCAAAGAGCUGUCGUCUUACCUGAAGCUCUGGCGCCGUGACAUUCACAGCAUAGAAGGGAAAUUUGGCACAGGCAUCCAGUCCUACUUCUCCUUCCUGCGCUUUCUGGUCCUGCUGAAUUUUGUCAUUUUUAUCCUGAUGUUCAGUUUUGUUACCCUUCCCAGUGUCAUCUCUAAAUCCGGAGUAUUCAACAGUAGCUUUGCCAAGAUUCCUCUAAAGAACAUAGAUUCCCACUGCACGGUGUACGAACCUAGUGGUAAUAAGGGACUCGUUUACUUCUAUACUUACCUCAAAGAUUUGCUCAGUGGCACUGGGAUCCUUGAAGUGACAGCUUUGUUCUAUGGCUAUUACACAAUAGAUGCAGCAUGGAUCAGUAUCAUGAGGUACAACUUGCCAUUAGCCUAUCUGCUGGCUACAUUUGCCUACCUUGCAUUAAGUCUCCUCUGGAUAAUAAUAAGGUCUGUGGAAGGAUUUAAGCAGAACUUGGUGGAUGCUGAAGAUCAGUUUCAGAGUUAUUGUAACAAAGUCUUUGCAGGCUGGGAUUUCUGCAUUACAGAUCCAAGUGCAGCACGGCUGAAGCACCGCAGCUUGCUCUAUGAGGUCCAAACAGACUUGGAGGAAGAAAGACGGAAGGAAAAAAUAGCUGGCAGGACAAUGAAAGAAAAGCUGCGCAUCUAUGCCCUGAGAGCACUUGUGAACGUCAUUGUUGUUGCAGUUUUAUCAGGAUGCUUUUAUUCUAUUUAUAGAGCAACUGUCUUCUCUCAGGAGAAGUCCAAUGGCAUCAGCGAUACGACCCUUGAAGCUAAUCUCUUGGUGCAAUAUUUGCCUUCCAUAGUAAUCACACUGGCCAACUUCAUUGCUCCUCUGAUCUUCUCGUUUCUGAUCACCUUUGAAGAAUAUUCACCAGCCUUUGAAAUUAGGCUGACUCUCAUGAGGUGUAUCUUCGUGCGCUUGGCCAGUAUCGGCGUUCUCUUGUUCUCGCUGUGGAGUCAGAUCGCCUUCUGUGUCACUGACAAGUGCAAUGCCUGUGGAUACAAUUAUGAACUCUAUCCUUGCUGGGAAACUGAAGUUGGGCGAGAAAUGUAUAAGCUGAUGAUAUUUGAUUUCAUUAUCAUUCUUGCUGGAGUCCUGUUUUUGGGCUUUCCUAGGAAGUUGUUAGUUACUCAUUGCCCCUGCAAGCUAGUUCAGUGGUUUGGAUUGCAGGAAUUUGGGAUUUCUGACAAUGUCCUGGAAAUCGUUUAUGGGCAGACCAUCUGCUGGAUUGGAACUUUCUUCUCACCACUUCUGCCUGCAAUAGCAAUGAUAAAAUACUUCAUCAUCUUUUACAUUAAGAAGAUCAGCUUGAAGUACACAUGUAAGCCUGCAACCAAGCCCAUCAGGGCAUCCAGUUCCAAUUUUUUCUUCUUGGUGGUGCUGUUGAUUGGGCUCGUCUUGGCCUUUGUUCCCUUAGGCGUCAGCAUAGCACGCAUCCCCUCCUCAAAGGCAUGUGGGCCUUUCAGGAAUUUUAACACUUCAUGGGCAGUUGUUCCAGAUACAGUACUUGGAUUUCCAAAGGGGCUGCAGCAAGUCCUUUAUGGCAUAGCAUCAGAGGCCUUUGCAGUGCCUUUUUUUAUGGUCGUUUGCCUCAUCAUGUUCUAUUUUAUUGCCUUGGCUGGAGCACACAAACGAGUGGUUGAGCUGCUGAGGGAACAACUGGUUAUGGAGAGUCGUGACAAGCAGUUCCUAAUCAGACAAAUAACAGAAGCUCAGAGACAUCCUAGACAACAGUGACAAGCCAGAAGAACUUGACUUCCCGACACUCCCACGACCACUAGAUGAGAGCAGAAGCAUUUCACAGCUGAGCAGCUGAUUGGCACCCUGGCACUGUGGUUUAUCUAAUGGACACUGAAGGUCUUACUCUUGAUUAUGCCAAUAAGCCUUAGACUUGGCUAAUCGAUGCUGUGUUAGACCUGGCCCAAAAUUGUACAGUAGGGCACUUACUGCUGCUACCAUUUCCAGGUUAUUGGAGUUUAAGUCCCUGUUUUUUUCAGGUGUUUGGGGUAAAAUGUGAUUGGAACUUCAACUCUCUUGAAGAACCUUAUACUGUUUCUACAAGUGAUGCCUUAAGAACUGUGAGGGAGGGGAAAGGUAUUUCUUAUUUCAAACUCACUUCUCUUUUAGAACCAAAGCAAAGGACCACAUCAUCCUUCAGUAUUCUGAAAGAGUGCACUGGAGAAGAAAAUACAGCGUGGGUUUGAAAUGGGUUUUAUCAGUAUGGUUCAGAAGGGAGUUUGCUGUUUAUUUUGCUCUGAACUAUUAAUUGCAGUUGAACAGUAGAUGAUUUCACUAAAUGGUUCAAAGUCCAGCUGGUAAGAGCUCUGGAUAAGCACUGGGAGCAGGAAGAGCAUCAGCCAGGUGGUGCGCACGGGGAAAGCCCUUGCCGGGGUCCCGGGCCCGUGCUGUAGAGCAGCCUUUGGUGCUUUGCCCGUGUGCUGAGGCGUUAUCACUUGUGUUUUAUGCUUGCAUAGACAGCUCGACUGCUCUUCUUUCUCCUUGUUGUCGAAUGUGAACGCUUGAGAAAUGAUAGUUGGGAGGCAGAGCAUUCAGCAGCUUCUGCGGUCCGAGGUGACGGAGCUGUGUUUGUGAGCUGGUGGCUGUCGCCUCUCGAAGGGUGGUGCUGGACUGCUUGUUCGUGACUUGAAAUUUGCCGGUGGCACACUGUAUGUGAGAGCCGGUUACUGUGGGAUGUUCGGGAGUGUUUCCUGCCGUUCUUGUGAAGAGAUUAACGUUCAAUAACUGUU